AUGAUCGAUGUAGUGCCACCAAGUGCCGAGCAAUUCGAAAAAGCGGUGCUAGUCCCAAAAUCUCGGAUCAACGACCCAAAUACGAAACUAAAACGACCGUCAUUAUCAGCAAUUCUUGGAUCAUCCGAUGACAAAAAAGGAUUAUAUUUAUGGCAGAAGCAAAUGAUCGAAGAAAUGGGUCUCGCCGGUUUCCGGAAAUCAAUGAACGACCGAAUGCAAGAAGGAAUCAAAAUCCACGAGAGAGUCAAGGCCAUGCUAGACGCCAGGAAGAAUUCAGUGGAAAAAAAUUUAAAAUGUAUUAUUGACGCUGAAAAAAACAAGGUGAUCUCGAACUACCUUCAAAGUGUGUACAAUUUCAUCGCGGAAAAGCUCGAAGAGCCCGAGAAUUCGUUGUCGGAGAAAGCCGUCAGACAUCCACUUCUCGCCUAUCAAGGAAGAUUCGAUGCUGUCAUCAAAUACAAAAACGAUUGGCACAUGGUCGACUGGAAAACAUCUCCAGCGCGCAGCUCAUUCAGCCAGCAAAAAGAGGAAAGCCUCUCAUAUGCGACAUAUUCCCGACAGCUCGCUGCAUAUGCUGCAGCUUUUAACCAAGACGCUGCAUUUGAAGGGCACCCACAAGUGCGAAAAGCGCUGCUCAUCAGUCUAAAGGAAGAUGGAAGUGAGGCAGAAGUGUACGAGUUAUCUGAAGAUGAGCUUCAAUACCAUUUCGACGAGGUCAAGAAGUCGCUUCUUCGCUUCUGGCACGUCGUCGCCAAUGCCAAAUCCGCAAACAUUGAUUUCGCCUACAAACCAACAUGA